AUGGACAUUCGUUCCUUUUUCUCCAAAAAGGGCGUAGAUCCAAAGUCAGAAGAGCCUAAAAAGCUCAAAAGUGCGCCGAAACCAAAGACGAAACCUGAAAAGGAAGAGACGGUGGAGGCUUCUACUGUUAAACGCAAGAGGUUGGCAAAGAAGAUUAUAAAUUCAGAUUCAGACGAUGAUUUUGGUUCUACUGACGCACGUGUAGUCGCAGAGAGUACCAGCAAGACACCUUCUGGCCCAGAGUCUUUAAAGGAAGAACACACACUGGACUCCAAAGGCGAUUAUACGCCUCAAGAUUCCUCAAAUAGUAUCAAUAAUGCAUCUGGAGACUCUACAGUGAGGACAUGGAUACUGAACGAGCUGAAGCUCAAGGACCCGGAGAAGGCUGAAGACUUGGACAAGGACAACUGCAGCGCGGAUAACAUCCAAACGGACAUUCAGUACUGGCUAAAUGGAGACAAGAAGCUUGUUGACCCAUCUACCAUGGUAAAGAAGGAAGAGAAGAAGGGGAAGAAUGUGGACAUUGACAGUUAUGUCAUGGGACUAGGUGUCAAGACGCCAAAGGAUACAGGACUUGAACGUGAAGGUGGAUCGGUAAAGAAAGAGUCUCCAAAACCAAAGGAACCGCAUGAGGUAAUAGAAAUCGAUGCAAGUCCUGCUUCCAAGAGUCCAGUUAAAAGUCCAAAGAAGACCUCGUCACGAGUUCAGAGCCCAAAGUCCAAGGCCAGCCCCGCCGCUAAAACGAAAGCAAAUACUCCAAAGAAGCAGGUUGUAGCUGCUCCAGCGGAAGAGGUGACUUUAUUCUCCGAUAACGACCCAGAGGAGCCUGAGGAGAUUUUAAUCGACUCUUCUGCUACUACAUCCCCUGCGAAAAAGUCUCCAACUCACAAAAGAACAAAUUCUGAACCUGCUAAUUCCCCCAAGGCUAAAAAGGGACGUGUAACGACCCCUAAAAAUGCUCACAACGUUACGAGUUCAUCUCUCCCUCACACAUUAAAUGAAGAAUCUCUAAAGGGCUCCACAAUAAUUGGCAAGAAAUUUGUCUUCACUGGGGAACUAGACAAUAUUGACAGAUACAAGGCUGCAUCAAAAGUGCAAGAAUUUGGUGGAAUUGUGGUUUCAGGAGUUAGCGGAGUAACAAAUUACCUCGUUUGUGGAGAAAAGCUCGAAGACGGAAGGCCUUACACAACGGGAACAAAGUACAAGAAGGCCUGCGAUUUCCUAAAGGCUGGAAAGGACAUUAAGAUUAUAAAGGAGGAUGAAUUCCUGAAGCUCAUUGGAUGGGAUAAUGAGGAAUUUGCAUCUACUAAACCAGAGGUAGAAGAGGCCCCCAAGACUAGAGAAAAACCAAAGGAAGAGUUGAAUUCAUCUAAACCCACGGUUUCUGCUACACAUGCGCAGGAGUCAUCUUAUUUACCGCUUACGGAAAAGUAUAGACCAAAGACACUGGCCGACCUCAUAGGAAAUAAAAAGUCGAUUGACAAGCUCUGCGACUGGUUAGCGACCUGGGACAAGGUGCACAAAAAGGGCAUCAAGAACCCCGUAAAGAGAAUUGGAUACAAGGUUGAAAAUGUAAAUUCCAAAUGCGCUCUACUUAGCGGUUCUCCUGGUAUUGGAAAGACCACUUGUGCAAAGCUUGUGGCUGAGCAUUUCAAAUACACUUGUGUUGAGUUUAAUGCUUCUGACUUUAGAAGCAAAGCUGCUAUUGAAAAAAUUGCCCUCAUGGCAACUGGUGGACAGACUUUGGGCUCCACUGGAGUGAGCAAUACGCUUAUACUGCUUGAUGAAGUAGAUGGAAUAUCCAGCGGUGAUAGAGGUGGUAUUCCAGCCGUUCUUUCACUUAUUGAUUCUACAAAAUGUCCCAUCAUUUGCGUUUGUAACGACAAAUCAUUUCAAAAGAUGAGUGGACUUGUUAAUAAAUGCUAUGACAUAAAAUUCAGCAGUCCUACAGAGGACCAAUUCGCUGCGCGAGUACGACGGAUUUGUACGAUUGAGAAAAUUGAAAUUCCGGAGAAGCGACUCUCGGAAUUGUAUGAACAGUCAAAUGGCGAUUUAAGAUAUACCCUCAACUAUAUCCAAUUUGGACACUCUGUGAACUUUGAGGGAGCCUCAUUUGUGCAUGCAAAGGAUGAGAAUUACGCACUGAAUCCCUUUGAAUCUUGCGGAAGAAUUUUUAACGCCCAGAGCAAAACCUUUACGAAAAAACUCAUGGAAAUUAGUGAACUCUUCUUUUCAGACUUUAACCUCAUGCCACUAAUGUUACAGGAGAAUUACCUAAAGUACCUGGGAGGUAUAAAGGGGGGGCUUCCACUCAUGUCCAAAUUGUCUGUCAUUUACAUUUACGCUGACAUGGUUGACAAAAGCAUAAAGACCAAUCAAGUCUACUCGCUGCUGCCAGAUUUGGCUUCGCUAUCCGCCGUUAUACCAUCUCUGGAGAUCGCCAAGGCGGAGGGGACCGCAAAGGAACGACUGGCAUUUCCGCAAUGGCUCGGAAAAAACUCAACAACUACGAAAAAUCGCAGAAUAAUGAGCGAAUUGGGGAUGAAUUUGGCGUCUAUAUCAACUGUGAAUGGAUCAAAUCUCGUGGUUGACGGAUAUCUGGAUCUCAUUUACAAGGCUGUAAUGUCUCACUUGGCAGAUGACAACGUGGAACAAGCUGCAGAUGCAAUCACGUCCUAUGGACUAACUAGAGAGCUCGUUGUUGAGGGCAUUACCUCUCUGAGACUCAAGAGUCAGGACGACUUGUACGGAAAGGUUGAAUCAAAGGUCAAGGCCAAGUUGACCAGAAAGAUGAGUAAUCAGGCAAUUAAAGUGGCAAGAAGGGCAGAAGACGGCGAAGAGGAUCCUAUGCUCAAGACGAAUGUUACAAAGAAGAAGAAGCGUUCCUAG